GAGGGAGUCUCGCGACAAGCUACAUUAAACAACAUGGCGGAUGUGGGUUGAGCACAUAAUAAUGUCGAAUAAAUUUAUACGCAAAUAGCUUUGGGUUUUCAACUUUACGAGAGUAUGUAGACGUGAAAAUACAUGCCAGAAGCUUCAGAAGUACCUUAUUAUGUCCGUAACUAAGAAACUAACGAAGGCAGAAGCAAGUGGCAGCAGCAAAGAUAAUUCAGAGACGACGCAUUUGUAUCUACAGAUCAAUGCAACCCAAUGGCCUAUAGUGUAUUCUUCUUCAUAUAACAUUGGCUUUCUUGGACUUGAAAGACUUCAUCCGUUUGAUUCUGGCAAGUGGGGAAGGGUGUUCAGCUUUUUAAAAGAAGCCGAGCUUAUAGAUGACAGUACUAUAGUAGAGCCCAGGGAGGCAACAACAGAAGAUUUAUUGGUUGUACACACAAAGAAAUACCUCGAUAGCCUCAAGUGGAGUGUAGUUGUUGCCCAAAUAUGUGAGGUACCACCAGUGGCCUUUCUACCAAAUUUUGUUGUACAACACAAACUUCUGAAACCACUUAGAUUACAGACAGGAGGCACAAUCCUGGCUGCUAAACUUGCUAUUGAAAGAGGAUGGUCAAUAAAUAUUGGAGGAGGAUUUCAUCAUUGCUCAGCCAAUAAAGGAGGAGGUUUCUGUGCAUAUGCUGAUAUUACUUUGGCCAUCAAGUUUUUAUUCAAAUACUUGGGUGUUGAGAAAGCCAUGAUCAUAGAUUUGGAUGCACAUCAGGGUAACGGACAUGAAGCUGAUUUCAUGGGUGACAAGCAAGUCUACAUAAUGGAUGUUUAUAAUGCUCAUAUCUAUCCAGGUGCCAUGAGGGUAAAAAGCGCAGUAAGUAGGAAUAUAGAACUAAACCACCUAACCACUGACGAGGAGUAUCUUCCAAUAAUACAGAGACAUGUUCCUAAUGUACUGGAUGAAUUCAAGCCAGAUAUUGUUGUAUAUAAUGCAGGAACUGAUGUGUUAGAGGGUGACCCUCUGGGCAAUCUAUCCAUUUCACCACAGGGAAUAAUCAAAAGAGACCAAAUAGUUUUCCAGGAAGCCAGGACAAGAAGCAUACCAAUUGUUAUGGUCACAUCUGGUGGAUACCAGAAAAAAACAGCCAGGAUCAUUGCUGAUUCUAUACUCAACCUUCACGAAAAGAGACUUAUAACCUGUAAUUAUUCUGAAUCAGGUCCAAUUUCAUCCGCGAAGGCAGAAUCAUCUUCUAACUACAAUACUUUCAACAAUCCCUCUUCUCUCUAAUGAAUCUUAAAUUAUUAUUAAUUAUGCACAUCAAUUACAAGAUGACUGUCAACAUUGCACGCUGCAGGACUUCAUUCCAAGAAUUCAUUGAAUCCAGCUGUUCCAGAUAUAUAAUUUCCCUAAAAUUAAGCUAUAUGGUGAUAGGAACUAAGUCAUUCAGAGACUAAAAAUAAAUAUUGGGAUGCAAGUCUAACAUUUAUCAAACCCCUAAACAACAUCUAUUGUAGGCUAAACAAUCUCUAGUAACUCAUUCCACUGCUAACUCAUAGAUGAAAUUUAAAUUUGUGUUGGUUUUAUCUAGAUUUAUGUAGGCUAGCUUGAAUAGUGAGUCUUUGGGAUGAGAGGGGUCCCCCUCUGAGCCAGCCCAAAGAGCYGCUACUCAGGCUAUAUGUAGGUCAACUAUUCAUUUCUUACAUCCUCUAUUUACUGACGCAGUUGUCUGUCUAUAACAACUUCUAUAAUUGUAAAAAGUAUAUACAAUUCAUUGUGGAAAGAAAAUGCAAUAGCAAGAUUUGUAGAUAAUUCAAUAAAAUUUAGCUAGUGCUCUACUAGCUUUUAUUUAGGAUCCCUGGGUAUAGAAAACAUUAAUUUUUUUGUUUCAUGUGCAUGCAGGAUCAAUGCUAAAUACUUUGGCUAGAUAUAGAGGUUAUUUACUGGCCAGGAAGUUUGGAUAGGGAAACUGUGCCUGAGGUCUUGAACAUAUAGACUGAGGUCCAUUUUCAAGACUGAGGGCAAAGUAGUAAAUAAUAGUUAUUUACCAUCCUAAAGUAAAUGUUCCAGAUAGGGAAAACCCUAUCUGGAUCAACUUUAGGAUGGUAACCCUAUCUGGACCAACUUUAGGAUGGUAAAUAACUAUUUUUUAUUUUGAUUUACAUUUUUUUGUUGUUGUUUGGCAAUCUGUUAUCUAAGGAUAUGUACCAUGGUUAGAGAUAGAAAAUACCACUCACUCUAACUGCUAAUCAGAAUGCCAGAAACUGGACUAGAAAAAGAAAGAAAUUAUACUACUAGAGCAAACUUUUUUCAGAGACAAACAGCUUUGCAUCUUUGUAUAACAAGGAGUUUAGUUAGUUAAAAACAUAACCUAAAAUUCGUCUGUACAUGUAUCUGUCCUUUAUUAUGCAAGUUGUCUCUCAUUUUAAAACUCCCCUGACUGGAUUUCUAACAAUUAAGAAUUACUGCCUUAGUAACAUUCUUGAUAGUAAGCAAAUUUAAAACACUCGAUCAGUUGCUGUUAAAUAUGUUUUUAUUGUUAUUUURAAAACUAAGUUUUUCUGAUGUACAAAGUAAAAAAACACAUGAGUUUGCUUUAAAAAAUCUUGAAAAUUUCAAAAUAUAAUAUCAGUAGUCUACAUAAAGUACCCUCAAUUUUCAAAGUAUUCAAGUGACUACCCAUAAAAGAAAACGAUUAUAUGUAAUUCUUUUUUAUUAUUUAAUAUAUAAUAUGCACAAUCCAAUGACACCUAAUCAAUAGCAAUGUAAAAUAUUUCUUUACAAUUCAUUCAAAAUGUACAGUACUGUAAGAUUAGCGCCUUGUCUGGUUUUAUCUGCUUGUUGUAUUGAACUGCAUAAAGUAGGCUGCUGUAGGAGGAUUUGAGUAAACCUCUUUGUUGAUA